AUGGGCCAUUCGCCCACCCGUCCGUUCGGCUGGUUCGGUCAGACAAUAUCCCCGUUGCAGCAAGGCCAGCCCAUUGGUAUCUGCGCAGCUCUUCGUCGCCAGGUCCAAUUUGCACUGUCGGCCAGUUUCAGUAAAUCCUGUUCCUCGGUUGCUGACUGCUGGUUGACCGACCUCAGUUGUCCAUCGUUGCUAGAGUCUUGGAGUCCGCCGAAGACAGCCGGACAGGGAUAA